CCGUGUGUGCGCUGCGCUGUCAUCCCCCUCGCAUGCUGCAAGAGCCCUCGCCGCCAUCCAUGAAGGGGGGGGCGGGCAGCGAGCAGGGCUGCAAGAGGCGAGGGAGGUCCCCAAGGAAGGGGGCACCCGCUGCGGCCCUUCCGUGCCUCCGUCAGGCUCGGCUUCCAUCCCUUUCUCCCAGGGAGGCCUCCACCCCGGGCCCAGCCGGGCCUGCCUCCCCAGCGCCCGCCAAGCCGCCCCUUAGCAACAACCCCUCCCGCGCCGUUGCCAGGCACCCUCCAACGGCCAUCCCGCGCCGCCGCCGCCGGCCUCCCCCUCCCCCCACCCGGCGCUUGAUGCGGGCCGCAGCUGGCGCCCGCCGGGUCUCGCUCCUCCGCUCACCUUCGUGUAAAGCUCGGAGGCUGCCAUGGUGCCGCUGCGCUGCUGCCGCCGCCGGGCUCUCAAGCCGGCCGCGGCGUCCACCUUCGGGCAGGGGAGGCGAGGGAGAGGCCGAGGGCGGGGCGGAGGAGAAGGAGGAAGCGAAGAGAUGCGGCGGGCAGGGCUGUUGCUCCGCUCAGGCGGCUGCCCGCCGGGCUAGGCUGGCCAUGUUGCUAGCCGGGGAGCGCGGCGGCGAAGGAUGGGGAUCAGGCAGGCAGGCAGGCAGGCAGGCCCCCUCCUCCUCCUCCUCCUCCUUCUGCGGCGGCGGCUCUUCAUGCAUUGUGGGUACCAGCCGCCGCCGCCGCCGCCGCCGGGAUGCAGGCGCGCUCUGCCUCCCACCGGCUGCGGGGCAAAGUGUCAGGCACUCAGCGGGAGGGAAGAAGCCAGGAGCUGAGAGGGCUGGCAGGAGGACGAAGAAGGGGGGACAAGGCGGCUUCAGGCUCUUGGACAAAGGACACACACACACACACACACACACACACAACACACACGGUGGGGCUCCACAUCAUCAGCCGCCGUAGUAGGGCAAUGCCAGCAAAAGGGUGGCGGGGGUUGCUACCCCAAGGAUGGGCUGCUACCGUAUUUUCUACUUCAAACGCUCGUGUCCCGUCCCCCCACCUGUUUGAAAAAGAGAAAUGGGAUUGUAGUAAGUACAGAGAGGCCAGGCCUACUCAUGGUCUCAGGUGGGACAGCUUUAUUACUAUUUUAUUUAUUUUACAUAUUUUAUACUGCCCAAAACUUACAUCUCUGGGCAGUUUACAAGAAGUUUAGAGAGGCCUCUCCCCCCCCCCUCCAUAUUUUGGGAGGCACUCUCCCCCCAGCUGCCCAGCAGAUCUGGCUACUGGUGCAGUGGAGGCCAGGUCGUCUGCCCAGGACCUCCUGCAUGUGGCAAGGAGACCUGGCCUCCCAAGCCAGGAUACCCCCUGGCUGCCACUGGCACAAAAGCUGCCAAGUUUACCCCUGUGUGUCAUUCUUUCUUGGACUGUUAGCCCCCUGACCUCCUUGAACUGUUAGACCUGGCCAUUGAUUCAAAGAGGGCCAGGUCUGCCAAGUGGCUCAGAUAUAGGACUAAGCAAAUACCAGACACAUUACCUUUCUUCUGGGAUGUUGCCAGGAGUGUAGCUAUAACUGAGCAGAUGGGUUCAAAGAUGGGAUGUUGCUGUUCUAAGUUGAAUUGGGACAGCUGACACCCCACCUGCUAACUAUGAGAAAGCCACCACUUUAAAAUGCAUCUUUGUCCAGUUAGCAGGAGUGAAGUAACUAACAGGCUCUGUGGCUGCCCUGAGGCUUUGGAAUAUGCCCACUUUUAAAAUAAGAACAUCUCCAUCUCUGAUUGCUUUUAAGAAGACACUCAAGACAGUGUCUUGAGUUUUUAUCAAGACAGUUUUCAUCACCAUGGAAAUAACUUUUUAUUCUGUGAAAUUGUUUUGUUUUUAUUGUUUUAUAUUUGUUGGGUUUUAAAUUGUUUACACCACCUAAAGAUACACAUAUCAGGUGGUAUAUAAAUAUGAUAGAUAAAUAAAUAAGCACCCAGCGAUCUAGCAGUUUUAGACUGUUUUUGCGAAAACACAUGUAUUUUGGGAAUGCAAAUAUCAAGGCUGCAAUUCUAUGUGUCCUUACAUGGGAGCAAAUACCACUGAGCACAGUGGGACUUACUUAUGACUAAAUAUGCAUAGGAUUGUACUGUUACAUUUAUUGUAGCCAGAGCAUGUGUCAACUAUUGAAGUCCACAAAAUCCAAAUAAUUUUUAAAAAAUCUUUAGGGAGAGGAACAUCUCUCCCUUUUCAUUUGUUCAACUUCUGAAUAUCUUUUUAAUUGCAUUUGUAGCCCCUUUCAUUAUUUUGAUGCACAAUAUUGAUUUUAAAGAUGUCUUUUCUUUUAAGAGUCACACAAAGGUCUGGGGAGUGUUUGACCAGAGCCUGCAAGCAAGAGAUAAAGGAGUUGUACUUGGAAGUUGGUGAAAAGGAAGAAAUGGGGUGCACCACGUUGCAGACAGUGAAGCAUGUGGGUGCAAUCCAAGCCAAUCUAUAAAAUCUCUCACAUUUGGGCCGAGCUGGAUUCCAUAGUUACUGCAGAGUCUAUUGUGGAGGUGUCUGGCAACUCCUCUUAUGGGGUUAGAUUGGAUCAUUUUCAGUUUGUGACUCCUGAGGAAGUGGACAAACUGCUUUGGACUGUGCGCCCUACAACCUGUUCUCUUGAACCUUGCCCAACUUGGCUUAUCUCAUCUAAUCAUUAUCAGCAAGAGUCUGAAGCUUAUCUUGUGGGGAAAGCGGUACAUUAUACCAGAUGCUACUUCUGAGUGUUACAUCCUACUUUUUAGAAUUUCUGUGCUAUGGAGUGAAACCCAACCAAGGACAGGAUGUGUGGGAAUGUGGCAGAAAGAAGGCGAUUGGCUGACAGAGGGGGAGACACGAGCAAGAGUUCCAGACACGCAUCUCGAGAGCACCAGCAACCGUUGCCACCCUGAGGAAGACGGGCAGGGGGAGGAGGAUGGCAAAGCCCCGCUGCCCUGAGGACGACAACGUGUGGUGAGAGGAUGACACCUGGCGGGCAAAGCCCUGCUGGCCUGAGGAGGAGGACGGGUAGCGGGCAAAGCCCCACCACCCUGGGGGGGAGGACAGGCGAAGGGAGGACGGCCAGCAGGCGAAGCCGCGGGGGAAGUGGUGGCAGGCCAGCCUAGCCUGGCCACCGGCAGGAGGAGGCGGGAGGUAGUGGUGGAACGGCCUGGAACAGGGGAACUGCAGGGUGUGGGAGCAGCCAGUCGGCUGGCUGGCCAGCUAGAAAGCUGGGCAUGCCAGCGUGUGGGGGAGGGGGCAGCUGGUCCCAACUAGAGGCACAGAUGCUCUGCGCUCGGGCUCACUAGUAUCCCAUUCAUUUCAGUGGGACUAUUAAUGAGUAAUUUAGUCUGUAUAUCAGCCACUGUCUGCUUUCCUGGGUCUUCAGCAUACAACAAGGAGCACAAAUAUUUAACAUAAAUAUUUUAAGAAUUUUAAAAUUAAUUUUCUUCAAGCUAUCUCAAAAGGAGGCCGUGAAGAUUAAUAAAACAAGAGCAGCCAUAUAAAGGGUUCUUUCACGUCACCCAGUGUUUGCUAAGAACUGGACGGUAAUUUCUGCUUGAAACCUACCUGUAGAUAAUAUUACGAGGGA